CCAAAUCUCGUCCCUCCCCGCUCGGAACAACUUCCUCGAGCCCUCUCGCACCCCCGACAGCAACCACCACAACCCCUCUCAUAGCAAACGCGCAUAUCUGCAUUAGGCCGCCAAGAUGAUGCGCAAGAAGAUCAACUACAUCAACAUCACCCCCAUCCCGUCCUACAUACCCCGCCAGCUUGCCAUCGACAUCCUCCACAGCCAUGGCGAAGUCAUCCAGCUCAACCCGCUAGUUAUCGACUACAAGCCCACGAAAGCGCCCCGUGAGGCUCCCGCCGACGAGUUCUACUCCACUUGGUACGACAUCACCCAGCGCAUCCAGUACGUGCCUGGCACCGGCAAGCUAGGGUCCGGCAAGAUCAACUUCAAUGGCUGUUUCCAUGACAUGCCUUGGGGGCUGCAAACACAUAUCUAUGCGCCAGCCGGCGUGGACCUGCGCAAUAAAUGGCAGAUAUGCGGCAAUCAGCCCGGCGAGCCCCCCGAGCAGCGCGAGAUGGGCAUCGGAGCCCCGCCCGAGGGCCUGUAUCUGCGCGAGGACAUCGAGAUCAAGUGCAACUUCACCAUGGUCUCGUUCGUGAAGAAAGAAACAAAGGCAGCUUCCAAGAUCCUUGUUGACAGACUUAUCAAGAAGGCCGAAUUGCUGGAUGCGGGAGUGCUGCACGCAAUGAUGGAGGAUGGAAAGUUGAGGACGCUCAAUCCCGCAGACCGUACUAGCACUAUGCCCACGCCCAUGUCCCCACAGCUCACGUCUGCGAUGCCCAUGUCUCCGGGACAGCAGUACGUCCUCCCGCGCUCGCCAACGAAUCGCUACAGACCUCAAACCGGUGGUGGAUACCAGCCUCCUGGCUCACCGGCCUUUGCUCCACAGCAAAUGGCUCCUCAUUAUCAAGGGGUGCCGCAGACAUACCAAAAUGUCGUCAUGGAACUCCCUGGCGACUACUAUCACGCACCACAAGAUUCUGCGCAUCUACAAGCUCCCGAUAGAUACUCGCAUGCCUCGGAAGCUGCUAGUAACUCGCCGAACUCGAACGACGGCCGAUGGUCUGUCGCUGCGUCUGACCAUCACAGUUCCAUCAGCUCCCGCCCUACGUCCUACGCAUCCGACCAUGGCAGCAUGCGAUCGCCCGGAAUGGAGCAGAAAGGCUUCGCCGCGGAGCUGCCGGCCAUGGCAGAAACCCGCGAAGAGCAUGAUGGAUCACGGGAUGCCCUGAAGAAGCUUGAGGGCCAAGACCGAAACAGCCAGUAUCCCGCAGACCAGAAACAAAACUAUCGGCCUUACAACCCAGAGUCGUUCUCGCGACCCCCACCGCCGUACUAAUAGAAACGAAGUGCGACUUUUUUUGGGAUAGGUAGCAAGGCGUUGAUUUGUAUACAGGAUCUUUUUGUUAUACCCGUACUUUUUUGGCCUACAAGGGUACUAGGGGACGGUAUUUACUGCGGAGUACCUGUUAUAUCAUGAAUGGUUUUGGGAAAAGCAGG